CGCCUCCCCGCUCCCCCGGCUCCAGCCUCCGCCGGCGGAGCUCCACUAUGCCAGACAGUUUCGACACUUUGCAAAGACAAAGACCAGGGCGAGGAGGAAGAGGAGGACGGAGAGGAAGAGGAGGCGGAGAGAGAGGAGGCAGGGGCAAUGUGAGCCGGGAACGGGGCGAGUGUUCGGGACACCCCCGUUUUUAUUCUCCUCCGGAUCGCCUCGUCCCGUACCCCCCAACCCCAGAGCCCCGGAAACUUCCGCGUGUCUCCGGCCGCGCUGGCACUGUUUUCAAAUUCAACCUUUCUGAUGUGGAAAUGCCAGUAGAAGUGAUUAGCAUCUCCAGGGGCUGUGGUGAGCAGACAGUCUGAGCUUUGUGUCCAGGACAGUCGUCUGAAGAGCAGAGAUGGACACUCCCUCAGUCCAGCGAGAUGAAGAAACAGAGGCUCAGAGAGGUUAAGGGACUCCCCCGAGAUCACACAGCCGAUGACAGACAACCCGCAGUGCCUUCAUCAAGCCAGCUGCUUCCCCACCACAUCUCUGGUGACAGCGUGGGCAAGACCCAGUUCUAAUUAAGGAUUGUCACGCACCAUCCUGUCCAGAGGGCAUUGGCAGAAACAGCUUCCCUCUGUCCCGCACCGUGGCCCUUCCUGCGACGUCUUCACCUCCGAGGGACCCUGGGCUGUCACAAGGAUUAAUUACACCGCCACCCCCUUGGAUGGGAAAGGAAAUCACGGUUAUUAAGUUUUGAUUAAAGCUUCAUCAAGAGACGUUAUCGGCUGUUUGAAGAUUGCUGAUGAAACAGGCCACUUUAUUUCCUGAAAAGACAAAUUGCAUGCCAGCAGAGCCAACCCACCACGAGUGGUCCACUUAGCCUUUGAGCAUCGCGGGUGAUGUCCGACACAGCCUGCUGGCCAUCAACCUGCAGAAGUGGCCGUCUGGAGGCUCUGAAGCUCCCUGGCCGCCCCUGUCUUGUCCUGCCCUGCCACUGAGCCUCUAUCUCUGGGUUCUUUCUUGGGAGUUCUUCCCCAAUUAGGCGUGGUUUCCUCCAGCCCAUCCCUGGGCUCCCUCCGACCUCAGGGAAGCAGAAACGGCGACCAUGAGGAAAAGAACUCUCAAAGUGCUCACAUUCCUCGUCCUCUUCAUCUUCCUCACCUCCUUCUUCCUGAACUACUCUCACACCAUGCUGGCCACCACCUGGUUCCCCAAGCAGAUGGUCCACGAGCUCUCGGAGAACUUCAAGAAGCUCAUGAAGUAUUCCAACAGGCCCUGUACCUGUACUCGCUGCGUUGGGCAGCGCAGAGUCUCCUCUUGGUUUGACGAGCGAUUCAACCGGUCCAUGCAGCCGCUGCUGACCGCCAAGAAUGCGCUCCUGGAGGAAGAUACCUACAACUGGUGGCUGAGGCUCCAGCGGGAGAAGCAGCCGAAUAACCUGAACGACACCAUCAAGGAGCUGUUCCAGGUGGUGCCCGGGGACGUGGACCCCCUGCUGGAGAAGGGCUCGGUGGGCUGCCGGCGCUGCGCCGUCGUGGGCAACUCGGGCAACCUGAGGGAGUCCUGGUACGGGCCUCAGAUAGACAGUCACGACUUUGUGCUCAGGAUGAACAAGGCCCCCACUGCAGGGUUUGAGGCGGACGUCGGGAGGAAGACCACCCACCACCUCGUGUACCCCGAGAGCUUCAGGGAGCUGGCGGAGAACGUCAGCAUGGUGCUGGUCCCCUUCAAGACCGUCGACCUGGAAUGGGUGAUCAGCGCCACCACCACGGGCACCAUCUCCCAUACCUACGUUCCUGUCCCCGCCAAGAUCAAAGUGAAAAAGAAUAAGAUCCUGAUUUACCACCCAGCCUUCAUCAAGUACGUCUUCGACAGCUGGCUGCAGGGCCAUGGGCGGUACCCAUCCACCGGCAUCCUCUCGGUUAUCUUCUCACUGCACGUCUGUGAUGAGGUGGACUUGUACGGCUUCGGGGCGGACAGCAAAGGCAACUGGCACCACUACUGGGAGAACAACCCGUCGGCGGGGGCUUUUCGGAAGACCGGGGUACAUGAUGGGGACUUCGAGUCCAACGUGACGGCCACCUUGGCAUCCAUCAACAAAAUCCGGAUCUUCAAGGGGAGAUGACGCUGCGAAGGGUUGAGGACAGGUGCACCACGUGUGACUCUGCAUCCAGCCCCGGCUUCCCACCGGAGCCGUUCUUCUCCAGGAACUUCGAGGGCCAGCCUCAGGGGUGUGCCCAGGUGCCCCUCGCAGCCUCUUGCACCCCAACAUUUGGCAGCAUCUACUCAGCAAGGUCGCCGACCCCAGCCACGGCUGCAGAGCAAGUCUCAGAACCAGUCUCGGGAGGGGAGAACGCCCUCCUCGCUGCUGUUCCGGGCUGGGGGAGGCGGGGAGACUCUGGAGAGAUCCCAUCUGAGGAUUCCCAUGUUCUAGAGGAGAGAAUGGUCUCCCGGGGGGAAGCACAGAGGCUACGCCCCCGAGGGGUCCGGGGCCAACACUCUGAUUCUCGCUGGGAAGUUUCUGGGUGAUGACCUCCAGGACAGCCACCCCACCUCCCCUUUCUGCCCAAAGAUCACUGAACCAUGGCCAGGAGGGGUCCCCGCCCUGAAAGUCUUCAGCGACUCUAAAUGCCCGGGAGAUGUCUUUUUCCCAAGCUGACGUCUCCUCUAGUAAUUGACCUUUGUGGUUAUCAUGAGGGCUGAGCGCGGGUCUAAGUGCUUCCACGUGCCUUGGUACUGGGGGGAGAAACGCAUGCCUUGACUGAAAUGUGGCAAAAGCCCCAACUUGCGGAAGGGGACCCCAGCAGUGCGCUCCCCUUGGUCUGUAGCUGGGGACAGUGUUCUAGUUUCCGGAGCCAGUGUCUGAGCUGCAAGAAAGCUCAGUUGGAACUAGGCUCCAUCCAGAGGCCCCUCAGCCAUGGACCAUAUAUUCUUAAUUUCAUAGACUAUUGGAUUUGGUGCCUGAAACCUUCCAGAGCUUCACGGCGGAGCGGGGGGUGGGGGGGCACCAGCCAGCAGUUGCCACCAGGGUCAGAUCCCCCCUGGCCACCUGUGUGAGGACAUCCUAGGAACGUGACCAUCAGAGGGGAGAAGUCAUACCUCAUCCUUCACGUCCCAGCUGCUCUUUCUUCCUCGUCAGCCUUCCUGAUUAUUUAUUGUUUUGUCUUUUAAAUUCAACUGACAUCAUCUGCACUUUGUGACUCGGGUGUGCUCGCUUUGGCAGGCAGCUGGGGUGUAGGCACUCAAAGCCAGAUUUGUAGAAAUCUUCAGACGUGGGGUACUGGGCUGUUGAGGGUUUGAGGGCUUGCUGGUGGGCAGACCCUGGGGUGUCGGGUUGGUAGGCUUACCGGAUGCUAUGUAUCUCCUUCUCUUCCAGCCCCACUUUCUUCUUCCUCACUGUGGGCUUAGAUUCAGUCUCGGGCUAAGAAUCUCCAAACCAAAUGGUACUGUCUUGGGGCUGGGUGGAAAUAGACUCAAAGUCCCAGGCAGCGCUUGUGGUAAAGAACCUGCCUGCAAAUGAAGGUGACCUAAGAGAUGCGGGUUUGAUCCCUGGGUUGGGAAGAUUCCCCUGGAGGAGGAAAUGGCAACCCACUCCAGUCUUCUUGCCUAGAGAAUCCCAUGGACAGAGGAGCCUGGAGGGCUACAGUCCAUAGGGUUGCAAAGAGUCGGCCACGACUGAAGCGACUUAGCACGCACGCACUGACAUUUAAUAAAAAAAAAAUCUCUUGCUGUCCAGGGCAUUCCCUGAAGGGCCACAGGUGCCUUGAGAAGGUGUGACCGUGACCUGGAGGAGGAUGAAGGAUGCUACUCUCAGAGGCCAGGGGUCCCACCCCACUGCACCCUGCAGCCCUCUGGCAAGCCCUGCCCUCCGCCUCUGAGUCUCCCUCUGCCAACGGGGAGGGUCCACAGCGGCUAUCGGUCAUUCGCAAGUGUCCCUAGAAGUCACACACCCUGCUGGUUCUUCCCCUUAGUGUUUGCCUGGGGAGAGGGUCCAGUUUUUCUUUGGUCCUCAAAGAUUCAGAAUCCAGAAAGUCUUUUAAAAAACAAGCAAAAAAAAGCAAGCAAACAAAAAAACUGUUCCAGCAUUAAAAUCCUCCAAAACCGAAGACCCUCUUGACUGACAAACGCUUGUCAAUUGCUGUGAGGUCACGAUUCCCAGCAUAAAUCCUCAGAGGCUAGAGGUCACGGCAGUCCUUGAGGAGGGGAGCUCUGCCAGCGGGUGUGGGUUGGCUGACUCGUGGCUGCCUGGUCUCCGUCCCGUGUCUCCGGCCACCAGGCUGUUCACUGUGACAUGCCUUGCAGCCCUCGGGUCCCCUUCUGCAGGAGAGCAAAGCAAGGCCAGAGAAGGGAAGUGACCGCACAAGUGAACCAGCUGUGAAAUAGAUUUCGAGCUGAAAAAGGAUGUUAUUGGCUCCCCAUUAGACCACCUAGAGGUGGGCUUCCCCAGCCCCUCCGUAGUCAGUGUGAGUUUCUGACUACAGGCCUCUCACCACCUGGCUUUGUUCUCAGGCUGCCAUGGGGCCCGAGGCAAGCUGUGACCUCUGCCUUCUCACGCCCUCCUUCCAGUGGAGGAGAUAGCAUCAUCACGUUUUUCCCACAGCUGGGGCAGAUAUGGCUUUGUGGCUGUCUCCUGGACUUACCAACGGCCACCUAAGCAAAUCCAGCCAGCCACUGUGGCCAGGAUUAACACACCAUUGCCUUAAACCAGGGAGGCCCAUACCCGGGCUUAGCGGUGGCCGAGACCUGGACAAUAGUGUUUCCACGGGGGUUUGGCCAUCAGCCGGAGGAUGAGAAGCACCCACAAGGGGAGGCUCUCCCUGUGGCCCAGCGUACCAGCCCAGGCUCUGCCCAUCUCACAGACAGAACUCCUUGGAGACUAGCCCCAGGAAGGGUUAGAGGCAUUCCUGCUGCUGCGGUCAGUGCUGAGCCUGAAGCUAAACAGGCCAAGCUAAUGAGGGAGAAAGACGUCAGCAACACCCCAGCCUUCUGGCUCCCCAGGGAAACCAGCGCUCUCUGGUGCUGGAGCAAAACCUAUGCCUGCAGCCAUAUCCCCUGGAGCCUCUGGCCUCACCCACGGGAAGGGGAAGAAAGGAGGGCGGGAGGGUAGUGAUCUGGGGUAGAGAAGAAAGUUCUUGAGCGGAUGCGUUUGGAAACCCCAGCUCCAUCAGGUAUUGUCUAGAAAACCACCUGGGCUGGGCUAAGUGGGAGAAGCCAGAUCUAAGGAAAUAGGACAUAAAAGCAAGAAGCCAGGCAGCAAGGGGUGGGCAGGUGAUUCCUAGGGUGGGUAGGGUUGGGGAGCAGGUUCAGAGGAGACCCCCCAGGCUCGGCUGUGGCCAGAAGGGCCAGCGAGAGGCCAAACCUACCUCGAUGCAAACUGGGCCUCUGGGUCCAAGGUGGAAUAGAAUCACAGAGAAUGCUGAGAACUGUGAUGUUUGCUUUAACCUUUCUUCAAGGCAGCCUGAACCCAAAGAAAAAGUGGAAAACUGAAAACAGCUCGCCCUCCCUCACGUGGUUGUAGUCGGAAGUGCUUUCUGCAGGGAAGCCAGAGAUGACUGGACUCCGGCCACGUGCCAUCAGGACCGGCAACUGUUCUGGCCCCUCCAAAGAGGCGGGGGCUGUCACUGCAUGAAUCAGGGACAUCUGGUCUGUGGCAGGGCUGGCCACAGGCCAUUGGCUGGUCAUCCUCUUGUGGGGUCUGGGCUAAUGUGUUUGGAGGCACCCCCCCCCGGGGGGCUGUGGGGGGUACGGGACACCUCUGCACAGAAGAGGGUGAGGAGCAGCUGCCAGGCAAGGUGGCACCUCACAGUCUGUCCUUACCCAAAGCAAUGCAUUUCCUCCAAGCCUGCCUCCAGCCUCCCGUUUCCAUCAUCCCGUUUCCCAGCCCAUCAGAGAUCUGUACUUAUAUUGAACUUGACCUUUUUGCUCAGCUUCUGAUCUGCCAUUGUCGCCCACCCGCCCAAGAUCCUGGUCCAGACACCAGCUUUAAUCUGGGUCUGUGUCAGGAGCCCCCACUGGGCCCCGGUAGCAUGGACGUGGUACACCAUCGCACUAGCCCUUAACCCAGUUUGUGUCAAAGCCAAAGUUCCCUGAGCACUAUUCCGCUCUUUGCAGUCCUGUUGGUGGGUUGGUUGGUGAUGUUUUAAAGUCAGCUUUCUUCGUCCACCCCUCCUUGCCUGGCUCCCGUGUUUUGCAGCUGAGUGUUCAUCUGGAUGCUUUUUUUGAAUGAAGUUGGCAAGAGUCUGCCUUCCACAGCCUCUGCUCUAUUUUUUAUUUUUAAUUUAUUGUUGAAUAUUUCCAAUGAUCCAAAUCAAAAUGAAUAAAAGAGAGCUAUUUUAUCGUU